UAUUUAGAAUUCAUGAACAGAUCAUCAACACAUGUAACUGAAUUUGUUCUCUUGGGAUUCCCUGGUUCCUGGAAGACACAAAUUUUCCUCUUUGUGUUGUUUUUGAUGUUUUAUAUCUUGACCUUGUUGGGAAAUGGAGCCAUUGUCUGUGCAGUAAGAUGUGACUCACGUCUACAUACCCCCAUGUACUUCCUCCUGGGAAAUUUUGCCUUCCUUGAAAUCUGGUAUGUUUCCUCCACCAUUCCAAACAUACUAACCAACAUUCUGUCUAAGACCAAGGCCAUCUCAUUUUCAGGGUGCUUCCUGCAGUUCUAUUUCGCCUUUUCUACCUGUGGUUCCCAUUUAGUGGUCGUGUCACUGUUCUAUGGGACAGUAAUGGUAAUGUAUGUGAGUCCUACAUAUGGCAUUCCAACUCUGAUGCAGAAGAUCCUUAUACUUGUAUACUCUGUAAUGACUCCUCUCUUUAAUCCUCUGAUUUAUAGCCUUCGUAACAAGGACAUGAAACUUGCUCUGAGAAAUGUUCUGUUAGGAAUGAGAAUUGUCAAAGCUAUAUGA